ACCGGAAGUUGCCUCCUGUGUGUGUGAAACAGCAAGGCGCCAAAUGCUCGCGAGGAAGGGUCUGCCUCAGAUGCGUGACGGAGCUCUUUUAGCCUUUCGCAAAUCGCUUCGUCCGGACCCCGCGGCUGUAGAGCAAAGCUGUGCAGCAUGGCGGUGCCUUUCGUAAAGGACUGGGACGUCGUUCAGGUUCUAGGAGAAGGAGCCUACGGAGAAGUGAGGUUGUUGGUGAACAGGCAGACCGAGGAGGCGGUGGCCGUGAAGGUGAUCGACACCUCUCAGGGUAAAGAGUGUGCCGACAAUGUCAAAAAGGAGGUCUGCAUCCAUAAGAUGCUCACCCACCCCAACAUCGUGAAGUUCUUCGGUCAUCGGAAAGAAGGGCCGACCGUUUACCUUUUUCUGGAGUACUGCACCGGAGGAGAGCUGUUCGACCGUAUCGAGCCUGAUGUGGGGAUGCCAGAGAAGGACGCUCAUCGGUUCUUCCAGCAGCUAAUAGCCGCUGUGGAGUACCUUCACAACCUUGGCAUCACUCAUAGAGACAUAAAGCCAGAGAAUAUUCUGCUGGAUGACAAAGACAACCUGAAGCUGACGGAUUUCGGCCUGGCCACCAUGUUCCGUUUCAAAGGGCGGGAGCGUCUGCUGAAUCGCCUCUGUGGAACGCUCCCCUACGUCGCUCCAGAGCUGCUCAGCCAGCAGGAGUACAGAGCUCAGCCUGCAGAUAUCUGGGCCUGUGGGAUAGUUCUGACUGCCAUGCUGGCGGGAGAGCUGCCGUGGGACCAGCCCACCGAGAGCUGCCAGGAGUACUCAGACUGGCUCCAAAAGAAAACCUACCUACCUCCCUGGAAGAAAAUACAGCCCGUGCCUCUCAGUUUGCUGUCCAAAUUGCUACUGCCGUUUCCCGACGCAAGAAUCACAAUCGCAGAUCUACAGAAGGACCGCUGGUUUACUCAAGGUUGUCAGAAAUCAGGAUCAAACAAAGUUCUUCGAACGGGUUUGGACCUUACGCGGACAAACAGUGAUGACAGGAUGCAGUUCUCCAGUUCCCAGCCCGAUUUUGCUGCAGACAGAUGGGAAGCCAUGUUGGUAAUCGGUCCGACCGAAGGACAAGUCAGCUUCUCCCAGCCGACUAAACCUGAGCACAUGUUGCUGGGCAGUCAGCUGCUGUGCACGCCGGGAGCCAGCCAGUCACCGUGGCAAAGAUUGGUCCGGAGAAUGACCCGCUUCUUCACCAACGUCAACGCCGACGCGUCCUUAUCCGCCCUGAAAGACGUCUGUGACGGCAUGGCGCUUGCUUUUAAACUCACCUGCACCCAGCAGGUUACCGUGACCACACUGGACAAACGGAACAGCAAGCUGAUCUUCAAAGUCUUUUUGCGUGAGAUGAAUCAGCGAGUGUUGCUGGAUUUCAGACUUUCUAAGGGCGACGGUUUGGAGUUCAAGCGUCUCUUUGUGAAGAUAAAGCAGAAGCUCGGUGACGUGGUCAGCACCCAGAAGAUUUUACUCCCCAUCACAUAAUGGAGGGA